UGUUUUUUAUUACCUGUAAUAAUCUACGUAGGUCGUCAUGCUGCAUCUAUGAUCUCCUCCAGUGUGUGUGUGUAUGUGUGUGUGUGUGUGUGUGUGUGUGUGCGCAGUAAAAGAACAUUCCCAUCCCCUCUCUCUGUGUAGGAGGGGUUAAUCCAUCCAUCCAUCCAUCCAGCAGGGGGAUUCUUCUUGAUGGAUGCUGAAAUGCAGCAGAGCUUAACCCCCAUCUCUGACUGACUGCAUCAUCCUCUCCACACACACAACAGAUGUACCACUCUCAUCACCUCUCAGCACUGGUGAGUGUCCCUGUCGAUACGGGAGGGAGGGGGGAGGAUGGACGAGCAUCACAAGCCUCCGUCAGAUGGGCUGGAGGCACUUUAGAGCAACAGAUAGCAGAGCGAAGAGGAGAGGAAAGGAGGCUCCAUCUCUACGACACACUUCUCUCCUCCUCUUCCUCAACACGGGGAUCCCACAACUUUGAGGCUCUUCCCUCCUCCUCCUCCUCCUCCUCCUCUUCCUCUUCUUCCUCCUUCUUGCGCACGCUGCGUUUGCUUUGCUCUGCAGCUUUGUCGACUAGAAACGUAGACACACCGCAGGAGGGAGAUACCGCACGGACUGCGGAGAUGCAGGGAUUGCUCCCUGCAUCCUCCGCCUCCCGACACCACCACCACCACCGAGGACACACAGGUUUAAUGGUCUUUUCGUGUGUACGUGCGCAUGCGUGUGUCCGUGCGGUGCACAGAUGGAGCCGUGCGCUCCGAGUGUGAGCGCCGCAGACCGAGGCUGCUCCUCCCGGACACCUGCUGCUGCUGCUGCUGCAGCGCCUCGCUGAUGGAGAACAUGAAAAAAGUCCAAACCUUCGCCAACAUGUGACCGUUUUUUUCUCCUCAAGGGAACUACAAAGGGGUGAAGCACCAAAAAGAGAAGGUGUUGUAGGAGUAGGAGUGUGACCUCCCUCCUCCUCUUCCUCCUCCUCCUCCUCCUCCUCUUCUUCAGAGUGAAUUCAGGAUGGGUCCUGUUUGGCUUCUUCUUCUGCUCCCCUCCCUCCUCAGAGCUCAGGUGACUCCAGACUUCACAUCAGGAGUCACGGUGGUGGAGGCCGACAACAUCACUGACUCUUUAACAAACAGCACAGGAAUCUCUGAUGUGCCCUCCUCCCCGUCCGGUUCCCUCAGACCUCCAGAACCUUCUGGGUUCACGGUGACGCCAUCAGAAGCUCCCACACAGCAGGAAGAUGACUGGUCACCAGCAGAGACCUUCCUGUACACCGGAGACCCCUCCACUCUGGAGGCGGCCCGCUGCACACGGGCGUACAGCCCGCCGGGGCAGACUGGAUCCCUGCCCGUCAGCUUCAGCGCCCCCCUCCGGUCCCCUCUGGACGCGCUCGCCAACACGGCCAACUUCCUCAACAUGAUCUUCCAGGCCAGCGACCUGCGGGAGAGCACCGUGGAAGAGGACAUGGAGUGGUACCACGCCCUGGUCCGCGCCCUCCUGGAAGCUGACCUGCUCAUCCGGCGGGCCCUGCUCACCUUCGACGCCGACCCGGCGUCCCCGGUGCCGCAGCUGGUGCUCUGCGCCUCCCGCGACCCGACAGCCAAGGUGCAGACCAUCAUCCUCCAGGACUUAUCCAAGGCCUGGGAGAGCCUGCACCCGCCCGCCCCGGCCCCCAACGACAGCUGGUUCACCAGCUUUAAGUUCCCAGAGUUCAACCAGCCGAUGGCGGCCCUGUCCAAGCGGGUGCUCCUCAACGACCUCAGCACCUUGGACACGCCCAAGUGGAGGCAGGGCGACAGUUACGUGACCAAUCACAGCGGGGUGCGCUGGGCCAGCGCGCCCUUCCUCGACUGCAGGGACAGAUUCUUCGUUCCCGACUGGAUGCUGACCCUGUCCACGUCCUUCUACGGCCUCAAGCCUGACCUGACGCCAGAGUUCAGAGGUGUGAUUCGUGUGGACGUCAACAUUCAGGACAUCGACCUGGAUCAGUGUGCAACAGGAGAUGGCUGGUUUGCUGAUACUCACCAGUGCAACCGCACCAGCAUGGAGUGCGUCCCGACUCCAGGCCGCGGCUUCAGACUGGGUCAGUACUGCUGCCGCUGUAAAGAGGGUUACUACAACCCAGAGAUAGACCCCCAAGAUCCCCGAGACCCUCAAGACCCUCAAGACCCAGGUGUCGAUGCAGAUGGUGGCCCUGUGAACGGGAGUGAUGGCAGCGGCGGUGGCGGUGGCGGUGGCGGUGGCGGCGGUGGCAGCGUUACAUGUUACCCGAACAUGCCCAUCUGCCUCCCGUGCUGGCCGGGCUGUAAGAGCUGCCAGGACGGCACCCCCUGCUGGGUGCAGGAGGCCUGGCUCCUCCGGGGCGGCGUGCUGGCUCUGCAGGGCGUCUUCAUGCUCCUCAUCUUCGUCAGCAUGCUGGUGGCCUACAGGCAUCGGAGAAACCGGAGGAUCCGGGCGUCCGGCCUCCUGCUGCUGGAGACCAUCUUGUUCGGCUCUUUGCUCCUCUACUUCCCAGUGUUCAUCAUGUACUUCAAGCCGAGUACGUUCAGGUGUAUUCUGCUCCGCUGGGUCCGGAUGCUCGGCUUCUCCAUCGUCUACGGGACGGUCACUCUGAAGAUGUACAGGGUGCUGAAGGUGUUCCUCUCGCGCACGGCCCAAAGAGUGCCCUACAUGUCCAGCCUCCACUUGCUGAGGAUUCUGGGAGUGAUGCUGAUGACGGUCAGCUGGUUCCUGUGUGCGUGGACGGUGGGCGUCCUGCAGAACCGCGACAGGAACAUCCCGGUGUUCGUGACCACCGCCACGUCGGACGGCCAGGGGUUCAACCUGUGUUACCUGGACCGCUGGGACUACAUGAUGGCCGUGGCGGAGCUUCUGUUCCUGUGUUGGGGCAGCUCGCUGUGGACCGCCGUCAGGCCGGUCCCCUCAGCCUUCCACGAGCCUCGCUACAUGGGCAUCGCCAUCCACAACGAGCUGCUUCUCUCCUCCAUGUUUCACCUGUUCAGGUUCACCUUUCCCUCUCUCCAUCCUGAUUGGAUGUUGCUGCUCUCCUUCACGCACACCCAUGUGACCAUCACCGUGACACUCGCCCUGCUCUUCAUUCCCAAGUUUCUUUACGUGUCUAAGCCGAGGAGAGAGGAGAUUGCAGCUGAGGUGUAUGAAGACGAAGUGGACCUUCGGCGCUCCGGCUCGUACCUCAACAGCAGUUUUCACUCUGCCUGGAGUGAACACAGCGGAGUGGACCCGGAUGACUUUCGGGAUGAACUGAAGAAGUUAUAUGCCCAGUUAGAAGUCCACAAGACCAAGAGGAUGACCGCAAACAACCCUCAUCUGUCAAAGAAGCGAAGUUCUCGUUGUGCAUUGGGGAGAUCCAUUAUCAGACGCAUUGCGGAGAUCCCGGAGAGCAUGAGCAGGCAGUGCAGCCGUGACGACCGAGACGGAUCCUUCCGCAGUAGAAUUAGUGUGAAUCAGUCCGAGUCUUUCAGGAGGACCCCAGAUACUGUCAGUAUCUGUUACAGAAGUUCAAUGAAAUCACCGUUACCAUCACCAUCCAUGCGCAAGUCCCAAAGUGAUCAUCACUAUGUCAGGGAAAGAGACCCUUCCUUGCGUGACUCCAUGUUAAAGGCCAACGCUGUGAAAAGAUCUUCCCGGCGAUCGGAGACAGAUUCUUUGGAUUUACCACCAGGGGUCUGCAAGUCAGCCAGUGCCCAAAAUCUGUCAAUUGAUACCAACCUCCUGCAUCCUGAUCACACGAAACUUGUGAAGUCCUGGAGUCUGACUUCCACUACCGCCCACUCAAUGGAGAACAUAGCCAAGGUUAACAGAGCCAGCACAGUACUGUCAAGGUCCAGGCAGAGCAUUUCCAUUAGUGACCAGACCAGGAGUGCUCUCCAGUCAGAGUCAUUUGACAAGGCUGAGGUCUGUCCUUGGGAGGUGGAUCCAGAACAAUCAGGGGACAAGAACCAGAAGCACGUCACUUACGCAAACUCUGACGAUGGGGAGGACAAAAGGCCACCAUCUCCAAAGACGCUCAUCUGUCCCUGGGACCAUUUACCACCAGUAGAAAAGAUUCCUUCAGAGGAUAAGGGAAUAUGUGAGUCCUCCAAACCACAGGUCUCUGUGUCUGCAAGUGCACCAGGCACUCCAAGACCAAAGGUCACAAAAGAUCAACGUGUCUUCUCCUUCCGCACCUCCACCACUAAGUGGCUCUCUGUGAAAACAGUUAUGGGGUCCUUUGAUGGAGGAAGCAGGUCCAGUAAAGACGGAUUUUUAAAUACAGAGGAUACUGUUUCACAAAAAAGUCAGGAAAGUGCUUCCACAACGCCAAGAUCGGGAAGCAGGCGUCCGAGCAUGGAAAAGAGGUCACUGCAGAAAAGAAGUAUGACAACAGUAGAUAAACCAUGCCUUGUGAAGCAGAAUGCCAUCAGACUUUCCUCUGGGGAUUCUUCCGAUAGAAGCCCAAGAAGGCUCAUGAUCGUAAAAUCUGCUGUCUACCCUUGGGACAUGGAUGAUAUGCAAAAAGAUGGCACUUAUGAAAAUGUGUUUUUAUCGAGGCAAAACAGCAAACGUGGUAGUAUAAGUUCUUGGGAAACUGCCAGCAGCUGUAGAACUCCUUCAACUCACAGAAGAGGUAGUAAUCGAAUUACGCCAGUCCGCAAUAUUUCCUCCACAGAUGUGUGUCCAUGGGAUGGAACUGGAACUCCCCCGGAAGUCCCAGGAGAGGGACUAAAGAAGCAGCAGAGCAUUAAACCAAAUGUCUGCCCUUGGGAAUCUCAGGUAUCUGAACCAUCUAAUGUAUGUCCAUGGGAAUCUCAAGAGCAGGCGAAUGUGAGGAGAGGAAGUGGUCGUAGUGAGGCGUGUCCUUGGGAACCGCAGGCUAUUCCCGUUAUUUAUUAUACCAACACGUCCAGAGAUUCACAGGGACAACAGUCUUUGAAACGUCCAGCAAAUGUAUGUCCCUGGGAGACUGCAGAAAGUCCCCAACCUUCAAUAAAGGAAGACAAUGAAUAUGGUAACGUUUGUCCUUGGGAUGUUCAGGACAAGGCUGAAGUUGUUUAUGAAAACCUAAAUCCUUUGGAGACCAAGGGAACGCUGUCGGUGCCUUUUCGACAAGAAGUUAUGAAACCUGCCGUCUAUCCCGGUGCAUCGAAAUUAAGUUUAGGUAAUGAGCAGCAACACCAUGCAAAAUCACCUGUCCUGCAUUUGGGUGGAGAAGUGACCAAGGCAGCAGAAAAUUGUCCAUGGGAUUUCCCUGAUCCCCCUAAAAUCAUGGGAAACAUUUGUCCAUGGGAAGAGGGGAACACCGAGCCAGCAAAUACAGGCUCAAAUAUACAAAUGACCAUCAAGGUAGAUAUUUGUCCCUGGGAGACUGGACAUCAAGACAAACCAGAAGAUUCACAAAAGGGUGUCUCGCCUUUGAGAGUUGCUUCCGUCCAGACUGAUGGGAAAGACGGCGCAAGAGUAAACCUAUGUCCCUGGGAAACUGACCCCCCUGAAAAAACUGCAGCUGCCAAGAUGGUGUCACAAGGACCGGAAAGACCGGCAGAUGUUUGUCCAUGGGAUAGUGGUGAACCAGAAUCAGGAAAGUCACAGACCCCCAAAACACCAGAGAGUCAUGUAAGGCAAGACACAGCUCGUGCAAAUGUUUGUCCAUGGGAUACAGAGGAACCAAAAGUUCUCAAAAAGCAAGAUAGCGCUCAGGAAGAUGUUUGUCCAUGGGAGACAGAAGAACCAAAAGUUCUCAAAAAGCAAGAUAGCGCUCAGGAAAGUGUUUGUCCAUGGGAGACAGAAGAACCAAAAGUUCUCAAAAAGCAAGAUAGCGCUCAGGAAAGUGUUUGUCCAUGGGAGACAGAAGAACCAAAAGUUCUCAAAAAGCAAGAUAGCGCUCAGGAAAGUGUUUGUCCGUGGGAGACAGAAGAACCAAAAGUUCUCAAAAAGCAGGAGAGUGCUCAGGGAGAUGUUUGUCCGUGGGAGACAGAAGAACCCAAAGUUCUCCAAAAGCAAGACAACGCUCGGGAAAAUGUUUGUCCGUGGGAUACAGAAGAACCCAAAGUUCUCCAAAAGCAAGACAACGCUCGGGAAAAUGUUUGUCCGUGGGAUACAGAAGAACCCAAAGUUCUCCAAAAGCAAGACAGCGCUCGGGAAAAUGUUUGUCCGUGGGAUACAGAAGAACCCAAAGUUCUCCAAAAGCAAGAUAGUGCUCGAGAAGAUGUUUGUCCGUGGGAGACUGAGGAACCAGGAGUUGUCAAAAAGCAAGACAGCACUGGAGGAGACGUUUGUCCCUGGGAAUCUAAGGAUCCACAAACCUCAACUGAAAGCAAAGUCGAUAUUCCCAAGAGUUACCAAGAUGAAGUCACAGAGAACCAGGGGCCAUUCAGUGUAGAAGAGACCCCAGCAGAUAUCGGCGAAGAGCAGAUAGAGGAGUCUAAAGAAAACUUAGCCCUGGGCCGGCGUGAUGCUUUGUGUCCGUGGGACAUGGUAAGGAGCAGCUCUGGUUCAUUCACAGACAAUGCCUCGGACGUCUUUACAUGGGAGCCUGAGAAUAUUCCUGAGGAAGACGAAGAGGACGAUGCAGAAUGUGCUGCUGAGGCUUUUGUAUUCCCGUCUGACUUGUGAUCUAAAUCUAGCCAGCAUUUGUUUUAACGUUUGACCCCUUCCGCUCAAUCAAGGGGAACGUGAACUCCAUAGAACCAUUUUGAUGGUCAAGGGGAACUUUGUUUUUAUCUUCCCCAGCUCCACAGGGAGGUCAGAGUGCAGGGUCCGCUCAGAAACGGCUGCCCUGUUGGAACAAGUACUUGGGCUAAUCAAAGACAGAAUUUAGGGCUGUGUUAUUUCAGGUUGGACUAUCCAUUUGGGCCCUGCCUCUAUCCGAUGAAGAAGAAGCCUGCAGUAAAGACUUGAGGAGCUGGACACAAUAAGUUGUGCAAACCUGACUGACAAUAAGUCUUCUUUUAGCUGACAUAUCGCAUUAUGUCCCUCAUUAAAUCAGCAUUGAACUACAGACAGACAUUUCUUGGCUGACGGAAGGGCAUCUAAGGCAUUUAGAUUAUGUCCCUUUUCUUCCUGCUUCUACCCCCCCCUUUUUAAAUUGAAAUGUAUUUGUGUCUUUGUAUGUUUUUAGGUGACAAUUUACAUAUUUGCCAUGUACGUACAGUAUGUUGGACCCAUGGCUGAGGUGAAUUUGUUGCAAAAUCUGAACGUAACAACUCCAUAUUACUCGCAAUUGCAAAUACAGCACAGGACCAACGGAUAGAACUCUAAAGCUGGACAUACACUGUACGGUGUUAGAAAUGUUGUGUCCUUCCUACUCCGACUGAUUGUUUAUUAUGUAAAGCCAAAGCUCCCGAUCUGAGUGAUCACACUGUAUGGUCCGAUCGUCCGCCACGACCUGAGUGACCACACUGUACGGUCCGUUCGUCAACCACGACCUGAGUGACCACACUGUAC